GCGCCGUGCUGCCCUUCUCUUGCCGCGACGCCUACCAAGCGUGGUGCCGGAUCAUCAACGUGUCUGCGCCGCGCUCCUCCCUCCUCGCCUCCGUGGAUGCCUCCUUCAACGACACAAGGCAGAGCGUUUCCGCGGCGGCCAGCAGCAGGUGCCAGCUCUACAUAGGCCUGGCUUUGGCAAUAGGCUCCAGCGUCUUCAUUGGCGCCAGCUUCAUCCUGAAGAAGAAGGGCCUCUUGAAACUGGCCACCAAAGGAGCCACCAGAGCAGGACAGGGUGGAUAUUCUUAUUUGAAGGAAUGGCUUUGGUGGGCUGGGUUACUGUCAAUGGGACUGGGAGAAGCUGCCAACUUUGCUGCCUAUGCCUUUGCCCCUGCAACUUUAGUUACUCCCUUGGGUGCCCUGAGUGUGCUUAUAAGCGCUGUACUGUCCUCUUACUUCUUAAAUGAGACACUGAAUAUCCACGGGAAGCUGGGCUGUGUGCUGAGCAUGCUGGGGUCUACAGUCAUGGUUAUCCAUGCCCCCGAGGAGCAGGAGGUCACCUCGCUGGAUGAGAUGGAAGUAAAGCUGCAAGAUCCAGUGUUUGUUGCAUUUGCUGUUGUCACAACAGCCAUCGCUCUCGUGCUGAUUUUUAUUGUGGCUCCAAAGAGAGGUCAGACAAAUAUAUUGAUCUACAUUUUAAUUUGUUCAGUCAUUGGUGCCUUCUCUGUCUCGUCUGUCAAAGGCCUCGGCAUUGCCAUUAAACAAAUGCUGGAGGGGAAACCAGUUUAUCGACAUCCAUUGGUUUAUGUUUUGGUGGGAGUCUUAGUGCUCUCGAUCACCACUCAGAUCAACUACCUCAACAAAGCGCUGGACACGUUUAACACAUCCCUAGUCACACCCAUUUAUUAUGUGUGCUUCACCACCACAGUGGUAACGUUCUCCAUCAUCCUGUUCAAGGAGUGGAACAACAUGGACCCAGGGGACAUCACUGGCACCUUGAGUGGGUUCUGUACUAUCAUCAUAGGCAUUUUUUUCUUGCACGCUUUCAAAAAUGUUAACAUCACCUGGAACCAGUUGAUGUCCACGGUUGUAAAAGAACCUUCAUUGCCAGGCCAUGAAUGCGACUCCUGUCAUACCUUGCUGGACAACAUGGAAAGUCCAACUUUGGUACAUGAGGAGGACACUGUUUUAUUCAGUCAAGCAAGCUCUUGA